AUGCAAAGUGCCCCUGGCAACAGGCUGCCCCUCGCCGCGCUCCUCCUCGGCCUCCUCCUGCAGCAGCCAGGCAGCAGCAAGGCAUGGAAGCAGCAUGCCCCACGCCUUCGCCUCGCCUACAAGGAUCUGCUGAAAUCCAACAGCUCUCGCCUGUUGCUGGCCUCAGGGGAAGGGCUGGAUUUCCAGGCCCUCUUGGUGGAUGAAGACAGGGCCUGGCUGAUGGUGGGAGCGAAAAACCACAUCUUCCUGCUCCACCUGGACCAUCCCAGCAGAGAGCCCGAGAAGAUUUUCUGGCCGGCGUCCAGGGAGCAGGUCGAGCAUUGCCAGCUGGCGGGGAAGAACGUGGAGGUAAGCAGUGCUGGGUUCAUCCGCCUCCUCCAGCCCUUCAACAGGAGCCACGUGUUCGCCUGCGGGACCGGCUCCUACCAGCCCGUCUGCGCCUUCAUCCAGCUGGGAGCCAGGGGGAAGGGUCCCGGGGCUCCCCUCAUGCGGUUGGUGACGCACUCCUUGUGCCCUGCCAGGGGCCCUCCCACAGUGGGACCCAGCCCACCCACGGCCCACUCUGACCCUGCAGAUGGGGAGCUCUAUUCGGGCACCUCCAGUGACUUCAUGGGCAGCAGCGCUGCCUUCUUCCGGACCUGGGUCCACGGGGCCGAGCAAAGCUACAUCCGGACGGAGCAGAACCAGGACCACUGGCUACACGAGCCCGCGUUUGUUGGCGCCUAUGCCAUCCCUGAUACCUACAACCCACACGAUGACAAGGUCUACAUCUUCUUCCGUGAGACGGCCACGGAAGCGGGGCAGUGGGAGAGGCGGCACAUCCAUGCCAGGGUGGCCCGGGUCUGCAAGAACGACGUCGGAGGGAAGCGCAGCCUCAUCAACCGCUGGAGCACGUUCCUCAAGGCCCGCCUGGUGUGCUCCAUCCCCGGGCCCCAGGGCACCGAGACCCACUUUGCAGAGGAUGUUUUCCUCCUGCGCACCCGGGACCCCCAGAACCCCCUCGUCUUUGGCCUCUUCACCAUCUCCAGCGGUGUCUUCAGCGGCUCUGCCGUCUGCGUCUAAUCCAUGCCUUACCGGCGGCGGCGGCUGCUGGUGCACAGGCUGGAGACGGAGAGCCGGCACUACGACGUGCUCUUCCUCGGCACAGAUGAAGGCAAAGUCCUGAAGGUGGGACUGGCCGGUGGGGCGAGCCGCGGCACCGAGGUGAUCAGCCUGGAGGAGAUCAGCGUCACUAAGAUGCCUUCUCCCAUCCUGGACAUGAAGCUGUCACCGAAGCGGCAGGAGCUGUUUGUGAGCAGCGCCCACGGGCUGCUCCAGCUCUCCCUGUACCGCUGCGAGCUCUACGGCAAAACCUGCACCGACUGCUGCCUGGCCAGGGACCCCUACUGCACCUGGGACGGGAGGACCUGCGCCCCUCACCUGCUCACUGAGAAGAGGCGUGCCCGCUGCCAGGACGUGCUGAAGUCUGACCCGCUCAGCCAGUGCCAGGACACUGCAGAGGGCACUGCUGCCGUGAAGCUGGUUUUUGGGGUGCAGAAGAACUCAACCUUCCUUGAGUGCCUGGCGCGCUCCCCUCAGACAACUGUGCGGUGGCUGGUGCGGCACGGCGAGGAGACUGGCCUGAGCGAGGUCAGGAACAACGGCCGCUUCUUGGUGCUGGAGCAAGGGCUGCUGAUCCGUCAGCUGGCGAGGGAGGACAUGGGCACCUACGAGUGCCAGGCGGUGGAGCGCUCCUUCUCUCGGCCCCUCACCCAGUACAGCCUCCGCGUCAUCCGGCACGAGGCCAUGGAGGUGCCACCUUAUAGCUGGAGCAAGGGGGCCGAGCCGGGAGGGACCCACCACAGCCCCCAGCCCCGGAUUGACCUGAACCCAGGCUACAAGGGCUUCCCGCGGAACAUGCCUCGCUGUUACUACCUCAGCCCCUGCCUGUCCCCGCUGCCUCUCCCUGUGCCCCACGGGGCACGCCGGGGCCCCGGCACACCGCCCACACCGGCCCUCUGA